AUGUCCGUACGACCGCCGGUGGCAGAGACCAUAUUUGACCUGAUCGUCUUCGUUGUUUCCCUGGUCAAUAUCUCCAACAACAACAGGCAGCUGGAUCUCAUUGGCGCGCCUAAUUACGUCGAACCGCUUUACCUGAUCUACCGCCUGUUGUCGGCAUGUUUCAAGCCUGGCGGAGCAGCAGCAGUACUGCUCGUAGUCGGAACGAUCCUCAUCACCAUCUGCCAAUAUGGCAUCCCCAACACGGGUUCCUGGCUAGUCAAAGCCAUGGAAAUAAUCUUCUGGAUAUAUCUUGCUCUGAGCUUUGUUAUCUCCGCCUUCCUUUACUUACUCCUUUGGUCCACCACCGUCUUCCCAAUCCACACCAUGACGCCGGUCUGGGUUUUCCCGGCCUACCCGCUCCUGUUGACAGCUCCCUACGGCGCCAACCUGAUCGCUGCCUCGGUAAAGGCCGGCCACACGGAUGAGAUCAAACCCAUUUCCAUCGCCCUCGCCUCUGUCGCCGUCCAAGGCACCGGCUUUCUCAUCUCCUUCAUGAUCUGCGCCGCCUUUCUCUAUCGCCUCAUGACCCAGAAGCUACCGCGCGACUACCAACGGCCCGGUGUUUUCAUCUCCAUCGGUCCCGGCGCCUUCACGGCCGCGGGACUGGUGCAACUCGCCAACUCCGCCCCCGAUUUCGUCCCGGCCGACUUUCUAGGUACGCAGGGCGGUGUCGCUAUUUCCAUCUUGCGCAUCCUGGCUUACAUGGCGGGCAUCUGGCUCUGGGGUUUGAGUUGUUGGUUCUUUCUGGUGAGCGUCGGUUCACUGUGGAAGUAUCUGAGGCCGGAGGGAAAGAGCAAGCUGCAGUUCCAGAUGACGUGGUUCUCGUUUGUGUUUCCCAACACGGCGCUGGUGACGGCUACGGAGCAACUUGGAAAAGCGUUUGAGAGCGAUGGGCUCAAGAUACUCGGGUGUGUCUUGACGGGGUGUAUCAUCCUGCGGCAGCGGCAGCGGCAGUGGCACAUCUUCGCCCCUGCUCAGCCUCCCACCUUCUCCGCGUCCAUCUCUGUUAUCGUUGUCAUCGAUACAAUCGUCCUCGUCAUCCACAUCCUCAAUGAGAAGCAUGAGGAGUACAAGUACAAGAAGUACGACAAGAAGCUUCGCCCCGAGCAGGUUAUCCAAGGAGUCAAGGCUAGAAAGCUUGGAAGCAGUCUUGAUAUCCUUGAAGGACUGAGCUACUUACUCAGCUACUGA